AUGUAUGAAAUCAAAAUUACUUUCCAUGUUCAUUUGCCAGAAGGUGUUGAGAAAAUUGGUCAACCCGUAGUUCUUGGAAAUAGGAAGGAAUUAGGUUCAUUAGAAACCCCUAUUGUAAAGCUUCGUCAACAAAAUCUAACUUAUUGGAAAUCUGAUCCGAUUUCUAUUCUCUUUCAUGAUACUGAUACUCAUAUUGAACUUAUUAAAUAUAAAUAUGCUAUUCACAUAGUACCUAAGUCUAUGUUUUCUAGGGGAAAUGAAAAAAUUAUAUUCGAAGGAUUCGAAGAAAGUUUUCAAGAUUGGCGUACGUUGGAUACUGAAAGAAAUAAUCAAUUUGAUAUAUGGAAGAAUAAUAAUCAAUAUAGCUUAUUCGCUAUACGUGAUUUUGCUUUUGUAGAUUAUAUUUAUAAUUCUAUCAAGGGUAGUAAUCUAAAAGAUAACGUUAUGGAAUAUCAACAUUUAUUAUCCCUUCACAAUUAUCAUACGAUCAACGCUUCAAAUUUUGACUUCAUUUGCAGUCAUAUUGAUGAUAAACUCAAAGAAAAACGGCUUUUCUUGUGUCUUAUCUUAGGAUAUUAUAUUUCAAGGGAGAAAGGCACGUUUCAUGAACUGCCGGUUAAUUUCCAAUCUAAAUUAUUACUUAACGCUCUCGUAGGCUAUAAUCAAGAAACUUUACCUUCAAAUACUAAAGAACUAAUGUAUACUGCCAUUAUAGCUCUAAUCCGGCAUAAUGCUUUUCAGAUGCAAUUUGAUUGGCCAGUUAUUUUUACAAUUUCGGAUGAAAUUGAUCCUAUUUAUGCUUUCAUUGAUCAAUUAAAAGCCUUAAAAUAUUCUAACGAAAAUUUAGCAAAAUUUAUUCAAAUAAUCGGACCUUAUAUUGAAGAUAUUGAACCUCAAGUUUAUAUUAAAGCCACAAAGUGGUUAAUUCAAUUAUGUCAUAAUACGGACUCCCUUUUUAAACUGUGGAGUGAUGUUCUUUUACGCAAUAACAAACUGGACAAAUCUAUUUUUAAGUGUUUUAUCGAACAAGUUCGAAAGAAUUUCUCUCAUGAUGAUGAUGAUGCUGUUACUUUGGAAUCCCAGUUUAUAAAGCUUCCGAUAGACUAUCGAUAUGAUUUGUCUGAAAUUUUUCAGUCUCGUACUUUAUUUUUACUUGAGAAUUCGAGCAAGGGAUGGACAAACGAAAAUAUUUCUGCUAUUAAAAGACUUCUUCUUAGUAUAAAUUGGUGUGGGGAAGAAUUUAUUAAAUCACUAGAAUUAAUAUCUGAAUCUCACAUCUUGGAAUUAUUAUAUAUAUUUCCAGAACUUUUAGAUAAUUGGUUUCGUAGUGAUUUUUCUGAUAAAGAGAAAAAGUUACCAAACUUAUGUACAACUUGGAUUAAAAAUCUUUCGUCCAAACUUUAUACAAAUACGGUUAAUGGAAGUUCAUUAAACGACAGCAAAUUUAUUUUUUUAGUAUUUCAACAAUUAGAACGUAUUUAUCCUUUACUUGGUUACAGGAUUAAUAUUUGGCAAAGUUUAACAGAUACCGCUAUAAAUAUAGUAAAGGAAUGUUCAGAAAUUCAUAUCUUCGCUGCAACAAUAUUAAUUGUAACGUUAGAUCAAGAUGAUGUUAAAAUAUUAUUUUCAAACUUGGUAAAAGAAAUAUUAAACAAAACCGUUCAACAAGCUAAUGAUGAGUUAUUACACAAUAUAUUUGUAAUUUGCUUUCACAAAGGCGAGAUUUUAGAGGUUCCAAACUCGAUGAGCGAAGAUAUCUUGUAUCAUAUCAUGACUAUAUUACAAGAUCAAUCAUCCGCAUUUACUUCCUCACAACAUCAUUUAAAUAUUUUAAAAGCUAGUAAAUUUUGGAACGUUGUAUUAUGUGCUGGUGGGAGCGUUGCAAAACUUAAUUCACAUCCAUUUAUUAAAUAUAUUAAAGAGUCUAUUAACGAAAUUGGCUUAUUAUUCGCUGAAAAAAUGAUUGAUAUGCAGUUAUUGCAACAACUUUUAGAAUAUUCUGACAAAAAACUAUUUAAACAUUUUUAUUCGACUUCCAAAAAAGAUUUUUUAGGUGGUAUAAUUGUCACUCGAGAUGAAAUCGCGAAAAUCAGAAAGCUUUAUGAUAAUUAUCGAUUUCAGAAUACCAUACUUCUUACCUUUUAUACCGAAUUUUGUCCAGUUGCUCAAGUAACGGAUGUAAAUGAUUAUAUUAAAGAUGUAAAACAGCAUACGACAAAUUUAGAUAAAAUAGAAAUGAAACAGGUGUUAGCACCAGAUUAUUUGGCGUUUCAUGAGAAAACUUUGGAGUGUGCAAAGCGUUGCUACAAGUUUCGCCAAUCUCAAAUUUUUCGAAAUAUCUUCGAAGCUUGCAUUAAGGAAGAUGCUGCAGCAACAAAAGUAGAAUACAUAGCACAAAAAUUAAUUCAUAUUGUUUUCGAUAAGUAUAAUGCUCUUUGUAAACAACUUGAAGAAUGGGGAAAACUUAAAUGUUCAGAUGCAUAUUUACUUUGGAGAAACGUUGCGGAUGUUAAUUCAGAGCUUGAUUUAAUGGAAGACUGUGAGAUAAGCGAAAGAUUACUAAAAACUCUUGCCGAUUUCUCAAAAUGGAUCGAACGACUUGAGAAGCUAGAAAAAGUCGUGGAAAUUUUUGGAGUACAACGCAACGAUGAUGAUUGGUUAUCUAAAUCAAUCCGUAAUUUAAAAGAUGAUUCAAUGGAACUUGAAAAAACAAAAAAUCUUUUCGAUUAUCUUGAUAAAAAUUUCAUUAAGGUUAAUCAAGAUUGUUGGGAAUUAAUAAAGGAGCUAUCAAAUGCUGAUGACUUUAUAGGCUUUCUAAAGAAAAUCAGCAAACGUGAUAUUAAAAUUUUGUUUAAUGAUGUGAACGAUCACUCGGAUGAAAAAUUGACUCAACUCUCAUUACUUGUUCAAGUGAACCAAUUUUUAUUUCCUAUAUUGAAUAAGAAUAAAGAAACUAUUAGCGAUUUUUUGAAAGAGUUACUUCAUAUUGUUGAGAAGGACCAUACUUUAGGAGAAAAGAUUUCAUUAUGUAAUAGUUACAAUUCAAUAUUUCAAAAUAUAUACAAUAAAAUUCAAAAUGGCGACGAAGAUACUAAAGAGGAAAUUAAGAAUGCUGUACUUAAUGGAACUUACACUUUUGCACGUGAUGUAAAAGGCAAAUGCAUAGUUUCUUUAGAAUAUUCCUCUAAAUCUGACGUGAAAUAUAAUUUAAAUGAAAUUUUAAAUUUACGUAGACGAGCUUUUUUGAUUGACGAGUCAAUUAUUAGUAAAAUAAUAAUUGACAAAGAGGAAGUGUCAAAGAAUGUUUUGGAUGAAUUUAUUCAUCAGGUUGAUGUCGUACAAGAAAUAAUUAAUACAGCUUCCAUGUUAAUGCAAAUUGGUCAUCUUGGUUAUAGAAAAUUUGAAAAGAAAUUACAAGGAACAAAUAACAUGGAAGAAUAUCGUAAAUUUUUAAAAGAUGAGCUCGAAAAAUGGCAAGUAAUAUUGGAUCAGUCGCAUAAAAGAUGUUAUUAUUUAACAUUCUUUUUUUCCCACCAUAUCUUGUCAUUUUAUGAUUAUUUUACAUCGGAAAAUUUAGAUAAUGAAAAUGAAGAGGAAUGUAAAGUGUUGAUUAGUUUUGUUAACAGUAAAGCUCAAUUACCACCUCAUGGAGAUGUUCAAGGAAUUUUAAAUGGAUUUAAAGAUCAUUAUGAAAUUCUUUGUGAAAUUGGAAACGAAUUAGAAAAAAUUUUUAGAAAUACUCCAAUACAGUUACUUAAAAUUAAAGAUGCUGGACAACGUGAAAUCAUUACAAAAGGCAAAUUAUUUGUUGCUACUUAUACUGAUAAGAUACAAGUUCCAAACACUAUUAUGUCAUUAUAUGCUAGUUAUGGAUAUUAUCCCGAACCAUGGCAAAUUUUGAUAUCUACAUCAUCAACUACAAUGGAGGAACUUAUAAUUUUCGUUAAAAGGAGUUUUUAUGCAUCAAGUAAUGGAUAUAAAAAUAGCUUGUUCUGUAUCGUAAAUUUAGAAAUAUUAGACUUUGAAUUUCAAUAUAAUCUUGUAAACUACAUCAAAGUAAUGCAAUUGGAAUAUAAGAAUGAAGAUUAUCUAUUAGCCCUUCUAUGUUAUCGAAAAUCUGAAAUGUCCAAUUAUAUUUUAGAUCAAUUUUCUUUAGAAGCUCAAGAAAUUAACGAAUUAGAUGCUGAAACAUUGAAGGAAGUUUAUCAGGAAUUAUUUACAAAUAUAACAUGUAUUUCUUCUGAUUUAUCCGGUCAAGGAAAAACUGAGUGGAUUAAAGAUGUUAGCUAUUCUAAACAAAAAAUUCCACUUAGUUUCUUAAUAAGCGAUAAUAUGAAUCUUAAAUGUCUUGUAAACAAGCUUAAAGCUUGUAAACUUAAGCAAAUACAAAGCUUACAUAUCAAUAUUUUAUCGGCUGAUUAUCCCGAAGAAGUGAAUUUAUUUUUAUUUGAAUUGUUGACUUUUAAAUUAGUUUCAUAUAAUAAUGUAAUAGUUUCAAUUCCUGAUACUUUUAUUUUUAUCGAGAUAUCAUCUUCAGCAAAUCAAAAUUUACUUAGAUAUCUUCCUAUAUUAAGAUUUUCUCAUCAUAAAUAUUUAAAUUGGAACAUUGAAAACUUUAGAGUGUCUCAAGAAAUAACGAGUCCAAUCCAAAUAGUUUGUCAUUAUUUGAAAUUAUACGAUCUUGAAAAAAUUGAUACAGAGGAAAAUUUAGGUCAUGAUAUUAAAUAUCCUUUACCGGAGGAAUUUUGUCAACAUCUCAUUAUGAAAUAUUUUUUGAAUAAAAGCGACAAAUAUAUAUUAUCGUUUAAAUGUAUUGAAAUCUUUGUAAAUAUUCUAGCGGAUCAACUAAUUAGAUUUUUAUCAAGUCAAUAUUUUACAAUAAAUGAUUUAAAAUUAAAUUUGAAAGAAGCUAAUAUCGGAUCAACAAUAAUCAAAUCAUUAUUAAGUACUUCAAAAGAUUUCGUAAUUCAAUCUAUUAAAGCAAAAUCAGCACAAUUUAAAUCUUUAACUUCUGAAUAUGAGAAUAAGAUUUACCAAUUUGAUAAUUCAAAUUAUAAUAUUUACUUUUUUAAUCCUAAUACUUUAAGCUCCUAUAUUUUAUAUAAUGAUAAGAAUGAAGUAUCCGAUAACAUCAAAUUAUUGUUAAAUGGUCAGGAAUUAGAAGAUUAUAAUACGAUGACUACAACUGAACUUCUUAUAAAAUUGGAAACAAUAGCACGUAGAUCAAAUGAAGAAUUGAAUCUUCCAGAGUAUGCUUUAACUACUGAUAAUCUGAUGAAGAUGGCCUUAAUUCUUUUAAGAGUACGCGCAAAUAUUCCAGUUGUAAUUUGUGGUGAAGCGGGAUGUAGCAAGACAAGUUUGAUUACAUAUUUAGCCAUGAUUGUUGAAGUUCAACUAUGUACUCUUAAUCUUCAUGCCGGAAUUGAUGAAGAAACUAUCAUGAUAUUUAUAAAUGAUACUUUGAAAAAAGCAGAAAAAGGCGAAACAUGGAUAUUAUUGGAUGAAAUAAAUACAUGUAAUCGUUUAGGAUUACUUGCAGAUUUAAUAUCAAAUAAAAAAUUUAAGGAUAAGCCUAUACAUCCAAAUAUUCGGUUAUUCGCUACUUGUAAUCCAUACCGUCAUUGUAAAAGAAUUCAAAGUGAGGCAAGACAUGUUAUUGAAAACAAAAUUAAUCUUGUUUAUCAAGUCAAACCACUUCCUGAUCAAAUUUUGGAUUAUGUUUGGGAUUUUGGUAUCAUAAAACCAAAUGAUGAGUACAAAUAUAUUCAAAUUAUGGUUGAAAAAGAAUUAAAAAAUAAUUUAGCACAUCCCGUAUUUUCUGAACUCUUAUUUACUUCUCAAAAAUUCGUACGAAAAGUAGAGGAAUCAUAUAGUGUUAGUCUACGUGAUAUAAAACGGGCUAUAACGUUGGCGAAAUUCUUUUAUAAUUCUCUUGAGAAUCGACCGGCUUAUAAAAAGGGACAUAUAUACCCACCAUCUGGUAAUUCAACAAUAAAGACUAGAUCUUAUAUUCUAGCACUUAAUCUUUGUUAUCAUUCUCGGUUAUAUAAACAAGCGUUACGUAAGCAAUAUCGUUGUGAAAUGGAACAAAUAUUACGAGAUCACAAAAUUAAUACUGGAGAAAACAUGUUUUCCAAAAUUAUUCGUGAAGAACAGGAUGAUUAUAUAAAUAGAAUGCAAUGUCCUCCGAAUACGGCCAAAAAUGAAGCUUUAUUAGAAAAUGUUUUGGCUACUAUUGUUUGUAUUUUGACUAAAAUUCCUGUAUUUAUUAUUGGAGAAACGGGCUCAUCUAAAUCUUUAGCUAUUCGUCUUAUAAAUUCAAAUUUACGUGGAUCAGAUUCCGAGGAUGAAUAUUUUAAAACUUUACCACGGGUUUAUUUAUUUUCCCAUCAAGUUUCUUUGUCUACAACUUCAGAUGAUAUAAUCAAAGUGUUUAAUAAAGCUAAUGAAUAUCAGGAAAUAAAUUCUAAACAAUUUCCAGUUAUUAGCGUGGUUUUGCUUGAGAAUGUUGAGUUGGUCGAAACAAGUCCCUUCGAUCCUUUGAAAAUGCUUCACACUUUGCUUGAACCAAAUUAUCCAGCCAUUUGGCCAACUGUUUCAGUGGUGGGAAUAUCUAAUAAUCACCUCAACAUUAGUAAAAGUGGUCGUGCAUUACUUGUUCAAAGACCACAGUUUGAUAUGGAUAAUUUAGUUAGUGUCACCAAAUUUUUCCUUGCAAGAAAUAUUGAAUUAGAAUCCAUAUUAGAAUCUAUAGCUAAAGCAUAUUUGAAUUAUGAGAAACACGGUCAAACCCUACCAAAUUUUCAUGGUCUUCGUGACUAUUACGCCUUAAUCAAGCAGCUUUCAUUAAAUGAAGUGACUCCAGAUAAUAUUCAAAUGGCAUUAGCUCGUAAUUUUGGGGGAAUGGAGAGCAGUGAUAAAUUAUGCGAAAAUUAUUUUGGGGAUUUUAUUAAAACUAACAAUAAUGAUAAUCCAUGGUCCUGCAAACAAAUCUCAAUCGAAAAAUUAAUUGACUCAAACUUAGAUGAUUCUGAUGCGCGUCAUUUAAUGGUUAUUGGAAAAAGCGAUUCAAUUGUAAAUUUAUUAACUUACCAUUUAAAAAGAAGAAAUUUGGAUCCAGUUGUAAUUUUAGGAUCACAAUUUCCUAAUGAUCAGGAUGAUUAUUAUUAUAGUGUUUUAAACAAGAUCACGUUAUGUAUUAAAACAGGCAGACCAUUGAUUUUAACAGAUUUGAAAAUGAUAUAUGGAAAUCUUUAUGAUUUAUGGAAUCAAAAUUAUGUCAUUAUAGAAAAUGAUGGAAAUGCCAAAUAUUUUACAAGGAUUACACUCGGAGCAUGUGACAAUCCUACGCUUUUCGUUCCUUCAAAUUUUAAAUGCAUUCUUAUUAUGGACGAGAUGGAUUUGCCUUUAGCUGGUCCACCACUUCUAAAUCGAUUUGAAAAACAAAAGGUGUCGAUUGAUGAUAUACUUAAUGAUAGACAAAUGUUGGUCGUAAAAGAUUUAUUUAAUUGGAUAAACCAAAUGUUAACUUCGUUUGAAUCUAAUUCGGAUAUUCAAACACACAAUAAAUUUACCGAGAAAGAACUAUUUAUUGGAUUUGACGAUGACGAAACCUUACAAAGCUUAGUUAUUAAUAUUAUUAAGAAUAAUCCUGAAGUUAAAGAUGAAGUGAUUUUAGAAAAAUGCAAAGAAUGCUUAAUUGCAAUAGCAUCUCCUGAUGGAGUUUUAAGAGCUGAACUAUCAACCAUAGAACGAGAUGAAUUUAAUAAAUGGAAACAGGUUUAUUUCCAUCAACAAUAUCAUGAUAGUCUUUAUGAUUAUUUUAACGCUUUGCUUAAUCAAGAAAAUGAAAAUUCAUUGGCGAAUCUAAAAGAGCAUUUAAUAAUUGUUAACACAUCCUCUAAAAUUAAUGUAAAUAUUAAGUUUUGUUUGCAAGAUCUUUUAGGAUAUCAAGCGUACAAUUUAUCGAUAUUCAGGACUGAAUCUCAAUUUUCAAAUAUGGUGAAAAAUUUCUUUUUUGAAUCAACGGAUCAAAUUUUAAUUCUUCAAUGUGAUAUUAAAACUAUUAAUGCUAAAUAUAUUAAAUUAGUAAAACACAUUAUUGAACAAUAUCAAAAUGAAUUUUGGGCCAAAAAUGAACAAUUCAAAACAAAUAAUCCCAUUAAACACGUUAAAUAUGUGUGUUUAAUAUUUCAUAUUCAACAAGAUUAUGAACCAAAUUCAUUAUUAUCUAAUUUCAUUUGUGGCUGGAAACGAAUUUUUAUUGAAUCUUUAGAACCGCCAGAAAUACCAUUAAUAGAUUUAUUGGAUAAGUCAUUAUAUGAAGUAAUUAAUUCAAAACUUUUUGAUAAGAUAGUUAAUUCGACAAUGCCAUUUGAAAAAAUUUUACAAAAUGAGUUGUUAUGGUGCUUAUCAUGCAUAGAAUAUCAACAUUCUAAUGAAUGUUAUGAAAAUUAUAUCAGUUUAUUGAGUAAAGAGAUUCUAAAUAAUUCAAAUUUCAUACAAUGCAUAAAAACAAAAACCUUUGAAUGGAUCUUAACUAAUUGUAAAAAUUGGCAAUGUGAAGUGGCUUUAAAUAAGAAGAAUUAUUCAUCAAAAUUUACUUGCUUUUCAUUAGCUUUACGAAAUUAUGUAAUAAUAAUUAUUAAGCAAACAAUCUCCAAGAUUUUAUAUUCACUUGAAAAAUUUUCAGCAAUUUCUACAUUUUUCAAUAAUAAAAAUGAUGAAUCAAAAGUGAAAAAAGAAUUAUCAGAAUUAUGGAAAAUAUUCUUCAUGGACAAUGCAAUUAUUAAUAUAGAUAAUUUAUGUGAGCCAAAACCUUCCAUGUAUAUAAUGUCACGUUCAAUUAACGAUCUCGAAUUUCCUUUCUCGUAUUAUUUUAUGAAUUUAAUUAAUUAUUAUGAAAAAUAUUACUUUGAAGAAUUAGAUAUAUUAAGACAAGAUUCGGAAAACAUUAAUAAUGAAUCGUACGAGGAUCAUAUAGAAGAUUUUAAAAAUAAUGUGAUUUCUAUACAUCCAUAUUUUGAAUAUUUACAAAGAUAUUCGGAAUUCUAUUAUAAUGAUUUUAUUAGAAUUAUUUUAUCAACUUAUUCUAUAAAAUUGAUUAGUAAAGAAAAUUUAGAUUUUAUUUUAAGAAAUUUAAUUGAAGUAACUGAAGAUAAAAUUAUUGAUCCAUUUAUUCUUCAUAUUUAUUGGUGGAAAUAUUCAAAUGAAAUUUUGAUUCAAUUAAAAUUGGUCGAAACUUUUCCAAAUAUUAUAAUAAAAGUUCAAAAUGAUUUCGUUGUUCACGGGAAACUUGCUCAAGAUCUUUUUAGGGAAUCAAUUAAUUCGAUUUUACAAAAUAUAUGUGAUGAUAAACCAUGGAAACAAGACAUGGAUUAUAUUUUAUCCAUUUUAUCCGUAACUGAAGAGAUUGAUGAUGACUUGGGAAAAUUUUCAAAUUUAAUUAUAUGUAAUGAUUUAUUAAAAAUAAAUUCAAUUCCAUUAGAAAAAAUCAAAGAAAUUAUUUAUUUAGGAAAAUCCGGCAAAAAACAAGAAUUUAUUACAGCUGAAAUUAUUAAUUUAGUAUUUAAUAGUUUAAAUGAUAAUAAUAAUGAUAUAACUCCAAUUAUAUCAUUUAUUUCAUUUAUUACAAGAAAUCUUAAAUUAAUCCCUUUAGAAUCUGAUGUUCGGUUAAUUCUUUACAAAAAUAUAUUUUCACAAAGUUCUUUCAUCUUAAUGAAUAGUAUUAUUGAAAAAAUAUUUACUAUUGAAUUUCAACAGAAUAAGGAAAUAUUUUUUAUGCUAAUGAAGAAUCCUGAAGAAUCUUUACGACAAUCAAUUAGAUUAAAAACUAUUAAUGAUAAUAUUAAAGUUAUCGACUCAAAUAUAGCAGAACUUUGCUGUGAUAUAAUUCAAAAGAUUUUCAGUAAAUUCGAAUUCAAUGAAUUAUCACCUUACUUCAAAUAUGCAAUUGAAUCAUUUGUACAAGAAGAUUUGCUUUCACAACAAAUAUUCAUUUUACAACAAAUUACUUCAAUAGCAUUUCUAAAAGAAUUUAUAAAUCAAUUUUGGAAGAAAUAUUUUUCAUUAUCUUCAUCAAUGAUCAAAGAAAUUAAUGAUAUUAUGAAAAUUAAUAAUAAUUCAUUUAUCCAAUCUAUUCGAUUUUAUUUUGCAUUAGAAUUAAAUUCCUUUGAUAAUAUAAAACAUCAUGAGAUUAUUAAGGAAGAAUUUACAUGGUUAGAUGAUUGUAAAGAUAUGAAAAUAACUUAUCUUUCUAAACUUUUUAAACCAAUUAAAAGCAUAAAUUUUGAAGUUAGUACUAGAAACUUGGACAAAAAUUCAUUUCUUUCAAUAUUUUUUAAAUAUCAUGAAAGUUUGAAGCUCAUGAAGCAUCUUUAUCCAAUUAUCAGAUUUGUGAAAAUCUUAAGCUUUAAACUUGAACAUCAUUUAACUAAAAAAGAGGCUCAAAAUAUGACAUUUCAUGAAUUUAUUAAGAAAGAAUCUGCAGAUGAUAAUGAAUAUGCUAAUUUAAAAUCUUUAUUUGAAGAAUUUGCUUUUAGUUGGAAUUAUAUUAUUAAUUAUAUUUUUGAAUAUCAAUGUAAAGAAUUACCUCAUAACAAACUAUUUAUGAAUCUUGAUCUUCCUGUGAUAUUUGGAUUAGUUGAACAAAAAGAUAAUGGAAUUUAUUUAUGUGCAAUUGUAGAUUUUUUAAUUAAAUUACAUAAUGAAUUUUUGGAUAAUAUAAUAGCAAUUCCUAUUGGAAAAUGUGAAUAUCUUAAAUUUUUAGAGGAUUUAUCUUUUAAUAAAUUAACUCCUAAAACAUAUUUCAUCAUACCAAAAAAGGUUGAUCAGGCACAAGAUAAUAAUUUCAUUAAUUAUGAUUGGGAUGAUAAAAUUUUUAAAUAUAAUCAAAGAAAUUUGGAAAUAGAGGAUGAUACAAAUCUUAUAUUUGAUUUACAAAAAAUUGAAAUGAAAUUGGCUAAAAAGUUAAUUCAUAACAGAGUUUAUUUUGAAAUGGAAGAUAAUCAAUUCUAUUUAAAAAAUUUUUCAUUCAAGCAUGAAUUAUUUUAUUAUUCUCCAAGAAUUCUUUUUGAAAUUAAAAACAUAUUACCACAGGAACCUAUUCCAGAAGAGAAAAGAUUAAUAAUUUUAGCAUUGCUUGAUCCAUCAAAAUCUUUAUAUAAUUCAUCAAAUUCAAUCGAUUUACCUGAAGUAAUCUCACUUUUUGAAACCAUUCUUUGUUUUAUUAAAGAAUUAUCAAUUAAAAAUAAUAAUAUACUUAUUUUAGAUUUAAUUGACCAAUGGUUAAAGUUAAUGAGGUAUGAUAUAACAUAUGCAGAUAUACUUAAAGAAUUUUCUUUAAAACAUAUUAUAUCAUUUUAUGAAUUAAUUGAAGAACAAGUUGCUAAUUCAAUAAUCGAUAAGAUUGAUGAAAAAUUUAAAACUCCAUUAACACAACAAAUGAAGGAUUCAAUUAAAAAUAUCAUAGAUUAUGAUGAUUCAGAAAAUCAAAAUCAACAACGUAUUCCUGCUAAAGCAUUUGCGUUUGCUUUAAAAAGAUUCAUUUAUAGAUUUUUAUUAGUAGAUUUUAAUAUUGAAAAUUUAAAUUUAAAUACAUAUUUUUUGGAUUUUACUUUAAAUUUAUGGAGUGAUGUUAAUGAGGAAUCAGUUGAAAAAUUAUUUCCUACUUGUUUGUUAGUAUCUCAUGCUUAUAAUAGUUAUAAUUUUAUUGUUGAAGAAAUUGAGAAAACAAUGAAUGAAAGGCAAAAUAGUAGAAGAGGUAAAUACAAAAAACAUAAAAAGUAUACAAGUUGA